AUGAACGUUGACAAUUUCGAACCGAAAAUCUACUCCACGAUGAAACGCAACGACAACAACUCCAAUCAACACACGAGCACGCAAGAUGACUGCUUAUUGAAAUACCUCAAACCUAACUUAAGCCACAUGGACAGCCAAAUAUCCCUUCCUAACGAAAGUACAAUCAGCGAAAGUGAUUUGCUAUCACCGAAUUACUCGUCUACGCCUCGUUCCUCGAAUUCCCUUUUGCACAGCUCGUUUGCUCAGAUUUCGCGCAAGCUAGGCGACAUGAGCGUGAAUAUCGAUGAUGUCGUUAGCGAUGUUCACAAGGCAUUGAGGAGCAACAGCUCGAACAUUAGAUCUUUCUCUUUAGACGAAGGAUUCAUACCCGGAGAAGAAGCCGCCAGCGCCCUAUUGGCCGACGAAUUAUCCUGGCUGGAGAAAUACGAACUACCCUGUAACAAGGAUUACAAUGAGAAGGACUUUACUCAAACGAGUGUAGCUGAAGAGUUAUCGAUCGGUGGUUAUUUUAGAAACAAUUGUAACAAUUUAAAUUCUUUUUUUAAAACUAGUGAUGCUAGCGCGGAUGUCACCAGGGAAUCACUAAAGGAGCUGCCUGUGAUAGAAAGUGAUAAUAGUAAAAAAAGUCUGACUGCAACAACUAUUGCAAAAUUAGUAGCUUCAGAUGACUCCGUGCAAACUAUACUCGAUAAAUUGCAUAAAAUGGUGGAAACGUCCAAUAAGAAUCAACCUACUUCUAACGAUCGUAGCGAAAAUAAAGAAAACAUCGAUGCAAUUUCGAGUUCUUCCGGCGAUUCUUCGAGUACCCUACAAAGUAAACGAUCUGUGGAAUUAAGACUACCUUCGGAUACUUCACUAUCAGCUUCCGACGUGCCCACGAGAGACACCAAUUCGAAAAACACAUUAGAUAUUUCCUCGAGGCCUUCUUCGAGAGCUUCGAGCGCGAUGACUUCCUUACCCAACGAUAAACUACCUUUAGAAACGUCGAAAUGCAACGUAGUUUGGGGUUGCGUUAAACUCGGCAAAAGCGUUACCAAGGAAUUCGUGAUCAGAAACAGAUCCUCCAAGAAGCUCCACUUGCAGCUGAGCAUGCAAAAUCGACAAUUCAGACUCAGAAAAGACUGCAGCAACGAUAGCGAGCCUUUGAACAGCAUGAAAAUGUCGCUGCACGCGCACGAAUCGAAAUCCGUCAUAGUAUCAUUCAUUCCGAAGGAAAUCGGAGCGGCUUUGGGCGAAUUGUAUUUCACCUCGUUACAUCCCCAAUUUAUCCAAACUAAAAAGCAGUGCGUCAAAUUGUUCGGGUACGGUGGAUUGGUGAAAGUGGACUUUCAGAAUUUAACUCUCUACAACGCCUGCAAAUUCGUGCACUCCAUCGGGAAAUUGGACAAUAAAAGCGUCGUCACGUCGAAUUUUUUCGCAAAAAACAACGGAAACUUACCGGUGUUCAUACACAUAUCGAUAAACUCGCUGAAAUCGAAUUUAAGCGUCAAUCCGAGCUUCUUUGUGCUAUUGCCCGAAGAGAAGAAGACGAUUACGAUAAACUACAAGCCUUCGAACGACGAUUUCAAAUCGCUGAAUCAAUCCGUGCAAAGUUCCAUCAUCGAUUUGGGCAGUUUGAAUGUUAUAUUCGGAUCGGAAGCCGAUAGAGGGAGGAUGAGAAAAAUUUGCGAGACUUGCGCGCAAAACGGCUGCGAAAUACCUGCCGUAGCGAAUAUACUCAAAGAACCAAUCGACGGAGAAUGCAUCCCGGUCGAUCUCUUUAAAUACAAAGAGCCACCGGAACACAUACACGAUCUCAUCAAGUACUUAAAACACUAUCAAGUCAUGUUGACGCUCGAAAGAGACUUGGAACAAACCAUUAUUCAACAGCUAUCGGACGAAACGGUUAUGUACCAGUCGCUUUGCCAAGACAAUACUGUAAUAUUUAACAAAACCAGCGCUCAAAAUUGCCGCGUCUCGCCCACUACGAUAUUUUUUAUACUUCCGUACAAAAGCGAAGACUCUUUAUACUUGCAUUCCCAAAGCUUGGCGCCCCUUAAUUUCAAAGUGUGCUGUGAACAUCAAGAGAUAGAAUUGAAGCCAAGGGAAGGUAGGAUUAAACCUAACGGUACUGUGAUUAUUCAUGUCAAAUAUCUAUCGGCUUCGAUUAGCAAGAAAAAGGAUUACAAAAUUUUAGUUAUAGCCGAACAGGACAUAUUCGAAGUCGAUGUGAACGUCGAGUUUCUCGAAACUAUGAAGAACAAAAAGAAAUCCGUGUUGUCCGGUUUGAAUUGCUCUGGUUAA